AUGUCCAUCUUGAACUCCAAGCUCAGUUUCGACCUCAAUUCCACAACCAUGAAGAUGAAUCACUGGCUCGAAACCUCUCCCAUGGCCUACAUUCUCCUUUCACUGCUGGUUUUGCUUUUCUCAACGUACUUCAUCACCACUGUUCGGUUUUCUCUGCAGAGACUUUCAAACAGACGCUAUCAGGGAAAGGAACCUUCGACACUUCCAUAUGGAGUGCCUGGACUUGGUUCGGCCCUUGGCUUGAUUCGAAAUCCCCAUGGAUUCUUUGGUUCUAUUGUUAAAAACUUUGACAGUGGAGAACCGAUACGAAUGCGUCUUGGUCUUGACCAUUACUACCUCAUUCACGGAACGAGAAGCGUCCAACAUGUCUUUCGGUGUUCCAAAGAACUCACAUUUGAAGAGUUUGCUCUUCGGGUUGCACACAAGGUCAAACGUCUCCCGGAACGAGAUGUUGCUCUGUGCUCAGCAGACAAGUCUGGUUCCGCAAGAGUUCCUCUGAUAGAGGCCAGGGAGGAAGAUCGCAUUUGGCGAAAGUUUCAUGAACUCUACGAGCACCAUCUCAUUGGGUCUAGCGCAGUGUCUGGUCUCACGGAGUUGUUUGUUGGUUUGAUGAACAACGAGCUCAGCACUAUUGCCCUCGAUGGACCCAUUGAGGUUGGAAUCGACCAUUUCCUAAGAAAACACAUGUUCAGGGCAUCUACGAUUGCUCUUGCUGGUCAUGGUGUGUUUGAAGUGGAUCCCAAUUUUGCCGAUGUCUUUUGGGAGUACGACGUGGAUUUUAUGCCUCUUCUCUACGGCCUCCCCAAGAUUAUGUGCCGCAAGGGCUGGAACGCUAGAGACAAGUGCCUUGAGACUACAAAAACAUACCUCGGCAAUGCUUGGAGAAACCUUGACUGGCGAGCUGCCAGCGAGAUGAACCCUGAAUGGGAGCCCAACUUUGGUUCCAGGCUUGUCCGUGAGCGAGAAGUGGCCAUGGAAAAGUACGGACUGAGUCUAGAGGGAAGAGCAUCUUUCCAGAUGGGUCUCAUCUGGAGCAUCAACUCCAAUGCUAUCCCCAUGACAUCUUGGAUUAUUAUUGAAAUUCUCCGCCGGCCAGAGAUUUUCAAAAGGAUCAAGGAAGAGGUCGCCACAGUUUUCGACAAGGAGACCAAGAAUAUUGAUAUUGCGGAGGUGAGGAAACUACCACUGCUCAACUCAGUGUAUCUCGAGUGUAUGCGUCUCAGAUCAUCUGUUUUCGUUGUCCGCAAACUUCGAGAGUCUAUUGAUCUCGAUGGGUACACGCUCAAGAAGGGAAACCUCAUCCUUGCACCAUCGUACCUGGCUCACAGUGCCCCUGAGGUAUGGUCAUCAGGCGCUCACCCACCAGAGGAGUUCUGGCCUGAGAGGUUCAUUCAGAAAGGAUCGGCUGGUAUUACGGCAGGCAACUACUUCCCCUACGGAGGCGGCGUAGCAAUGUGCCCUGGACGUAACUACGCCAAGCAGGAGAUCUUGGCAGCGGCGACUCUGUUCUUUGCUCACUUUGACGCAGAGCCUCUGCGAUUCGUGGAUGACAACGGCAAGACGUCUGACAGAGGACCAGAGGUUGGCAACGAAGCCAGGGGUGUUGCAAGAGUUGAUAGGGAUAUGGUUGUUCGGUUAUGGCGCGCUUAG